GUCUAAAUGACCGUUUCCUAGGUAUGAAUGUCAAGAGUAAUCGCAGUUGUUGCAGUGCACUUGGGUCGAUUACGCAGCCGUGAAUGCGUAUUGCUGAGCUUGGGAUACUAAGGUUCCAGGAUACAGGGAAGGUGUGUACGUAUUUGUCACCAAAAAGUAAAAUUUUCAGCAUAAAAAGGCGGAGGACUUCGAAAAAAUUCCAAUCGCAUUCUGAACAGAAGAAGAGUACAAUCUUGAGAAAAUUCGAGCUGAGAAUAUUCAAAGGCAUUUAAGUAGCUUUUUCUGAACAGAAAAUAACUAAAAGUUGAGAGAGUGAUAUUCUGAAGGAAGUUAAAUCAUCGAGUAUCCGCUAGUUAGGAGUUCAGCAGAAAGAAAGUGAUAAAAGGCAUUUAUCAGAAUGGACAGCUUCAGAGGCAGGCACUUCAAAAAAAUACUUUUUGAGCGUUUUGCUGAACCUCCCAAGAGCUACAAUGCUGGAGGUAUCGUGGAACAACUGGAGCUAAAAGCUGACAUCGAGAACAAUGAUCCGAAUCAAGAUUGUGAAUGGUUCCGAAGUGUAGAAAGAUCAUCGACAGAUCAGUCUCAACCUUUGAAUUUGUCAACAAAGAAACUCGAUAGUGAAGCUUCAUAUUUGAAGCCAAUAUCUCCAGCCCAGUCACAAAAGGCAACAAAACGUCCAUUGGAAGAUGCUAAGAGUGAGGUCUCAACAAUUGAAAAACAGGAUGUUGUCAUAUUUUCUGUUAAAACUAACACAAAUUUACCGACCAAAAAACGAUCAUCAAUUUCAAAAUCAGGCAGUAAGUCACAAGGAAAAGGAAAAACUGUAGAUUUGAAGAAGGGAGCUAACGUUAUUGGCGAUAGCCAUCGCGAAGCAUGUGGCAAUUCGCCUUUAAUGCCGCAGCUUCCCAAAAAGAAAAAGAAGAUAGCAUCGACAAAAGGACUUUCCUCGAUUACAACACCGCAGUUCCUGCCUUCUGUUGAUGUCGCUUCGCCUAAUUCACGGAAUGAAAUUGUACCAAACAUAAAACGAGAGGUUAAGGACGAGGGGUACGAUUCCACGGAGGUCUUAUCGGAUGAAGCCGAGUCAUCAUCUUCUCCAAAGUUAGAACAGGAAGAUUUGCCUUCAUCCCCGUCCUCUCCAGUAGCAACGACACCCUCUCCAUGCAAGUCAGAUAGUGAAACCAUUAAUAACUUGAAGGAAGAGACCAAUCAAGAUACUUGUAUGGAUGUAACCAUCCUUGGUCCAAAUGGUACUACGGUUCCUACUUCUGUCUACUUAAAACUGUAUAAUUCUACAGCAUCAUUAGCUACGCGUCUUUUACUGUCCACGGUUUUCGGCCGUGAGAUCUUGGCAACUCAUUCGUUGACUGGGAAAGAGUCUCCUGCUUUCAAGGGGUUAGAAAAGCCACCGAAAAAACAAUUGGAUCCAUUGAUUGUUGAAGAUAUCAUCACUGCGGUAUCACAAUUUGGUAACGGUUCCAUUCGAGAGAUUCGGCUGGCUAUAACCACGAAAUGCGCCGAUGAGAAUAAAAUGAUGCGAAAACUGGCCAAAGCUGCGAGUAAAACAGGGUAAAUACUGUAGCCCAGAAAAUUAAUUUAUUUAUUGAAUAGUUCAUAAGUAUUCUGUAUUGAUUGGGUACCAGUUUUUUUAGUAUACGUUUUAUGAUC